GAUCGCUUCGAAUUCGAACUCUUAGAAGUAGGAUGACUCGAAGUAGACGCCGCUACUUGAAUCGCAUUCUCGGCGUCGUCGUCGUCUAUAAGCUCGCUGUCCGUGUCGUUAUCGUCGUCGAUAAGCUCACCGUCUUCGUCGUUAUCGUCGUUGAUAGGGUCGCCGCAGAACUGCGACGAGCCUUCGUCGUCGUUGGAUUCUUGAUCAGAGACCAAACGAACUUGGGAGAUUUGAGGCUGUUUUUCGUCUUCACUUUCAGAAGAAUCCGAUUCCUCGAUUCGAGAUCGCUUUCGAAAGUAUCGCAGGAGAGACAUGAGUGAAAGAAGAAGCUCCGCAAAAAUCACGUGAACAAGCAGGAGAGAAUCACGUGAUGUGGCAAAAGAUUCCCGUACACGACCUCCAUGAGAAAUGUGUACGCUCUGCGACAGCCGCCUCGAUUUAAAUAAGGAGAGACGAACUGCUGAUGGUGGUAAUGAUAGUCCAUACGGUGAACACCUGAAAUUUGAACGGAAAGAUGUGUGGGACAUGAAAUGGGCACACGACAACCCAGAACUGUUUGCUAUGAUGGAAAAGACGAGGAUGUACAUAUUUCGUAAUCUCGACCCCGAGGAGCCUGUUAUGUGUUCUGGCUAUAUUUGUCAUUUUGAAGAUUUGCAGGUGACGUCUGUGCUGCUGGAUGAAAUAAUGAAGGAUCCUGAUCGGCCAAACAAAGACAGUGUGAUUGAUAUGGAUGUGAAGUCAUUGAGAGACACUCGCGAUCUCUUGCAAAAGGUCAGCAUUCAAGACGCUUGCGAAUUCAUAGAAGACAAUCCACAUCCUCGUCUUUGGCGCCUCUUAGCAGAGACUGCCCUGGAGCGGUUGGAGUUGGACAUCGCUGACAAGGCAUUUGUUCGCUGCCAGGACUAUCAAGGAAUUCAGUUUAUUAAGAGACUAAAACGGCUAGAUAGCGAAACGAAGCAACAGGCAGAGGUUGCAGCAUAUUUUAAGUGGUUUGAGGAAGCCGAACGGCUGUAUUUGGACAUGGACAGACGGGACUUAGCGGUCGAUUUACGGGUGAAAUUGGGAGAUUGGUUUCGUGUGGUGCAACUGGUGAAAUCAGGAGGAGGGGCAGGUGAUGAUUCACUACUGGAGCAAGCAUGGAGUGCUAUCGGAGAUUACUAUGCUGAUCGCCAUAAGUGGCAGAAUGCUGUGACGUACUAUCAGCAGGGAAGGAAUCAAGAGCGUCUAGCCGAGUGUUACUACAUGCUGGAAGAUUACAGUGGACUCGAGCAGCUGGUUCGGUCGCUACCAGACAACCAUGCACUACUCUCUACGAUUGGGCAGAUGUUUGUUACUGUGGGUAUGUGUGAGCAAGCAGUUGUUGCUUAUGUCAAGGUUGGUCAAGUAAACAAAGCCAUCGACAGCUGUGUACAUCUCAACCAGUGGGAUCAAGCAGUAGAACUGGCUAAAACAGGCGACGGAACGGAAAUCGAUACUCUACUUGCCAAGUAUGCAUCGUACUUACUCGAUAGGGAUAACAAGCUAGAGGCUGUUGAGCUUUACCAGAAAGCAAACCAUCACUUGGAUGCUGCCCGAUUGCUAUUCGAAUUGGCUAAAGAGAGUGCUGAAAUUCGCUCCAACCCAUUGAGAAUAAAGAAACUUUAUGUACUUGCUGCCAUCCAG